AUGGCGUGGCCGUGCAUCACGCGGGCCUGCUGCAUCGCCCGCUUCUGGAACCAGCUGGACAAGGCGGACAUCGCCGUGCCGCUGGUUUUCACCAAGUACUCGGAGGCCACCGAGCAGGCCCUGCCAGGUCGCCGGCUGCGACCGGACGCCUGCGGGAAGGACAGUCGUGCUCAGCCCGCGGACCCUGCGGCCACACCGCCCGGCCAUUCCUCUGCGCCAUGGCUUAAGCGCGCAGCCACCUCGCUUCGUGUCGCCUCGCACGGCCGGGCUCUGCGCGCUGCCGCAGCCGCAGGGAGGGGCGCGUCCCAGACGCCCAGCCGGGAUCCCGGGACGCCGCGCCUCUCGCCCUUCGGCGCCCGCAGCAGACUGUGCUCCCCAAGGCGUUUGCAGCCGGUAAUCGAAGGACUUCCCAGACUUCAUUCCAGCUACAGCUCUCCCCGGGCGCUGUCUGAGGGAGGCCGGCGAGUACUCGGAGGCCACCGAGCACCCGGGUCCGGCUCCACCUCCGGCGCGGGCCCCGCAGACUCGGUGAUGCGGCAGGACUACCGCGCCUGGAAGGUGCAGCGGCCAGAGCCCAGCUGCCGGCCGCGCAGCGAGUACCAGCCGUCCGACGCGCCCUUUGAGCGCGAGACCCAGUACCAGAAGGACUUCCGCGCCUGGCCGCUGCCUCGCCGCGGGGACCAUCCGUGGAUCCCCAAGCCGGUGCAGAUCCCCGCGUCCUCCCAGCCUUCCGCGCCUAUUCUCGGGGCGCCCAAGCGCCGGCCGCAGAGCCAGGAGCGUUGGCCGGUGCAGGUUCCCGCUGAAGUUCAGGAGCAAGAAGUGGCGCCUGGCGGAGCGGGUGGCCCCGCGGCCGGAAAGGCGUCCGGGGCGGACGAGCGAGACACACGCAGGAAGGCCGGGCCCGCAUGGAUGGUGCGUCGCGCGGAGGGGCUGGGGUACGAGCAGACGCCACUGCCCGCCGCCCAAGCCCAGGCCGCUGGCCCGGAGGGUGGCAAGGGGCGUGCAGCGGCCGACGCCCUCAAUCGGCAAAUCCGCGAGGAGGUGGCGAGUGCGGUGAGCAGCUCCUACAGGAAUGAAUUCAGAGCAUGGACGGACAUCAAGCCUGUGAAACCAAUAAAAGCCAAGCCCCAGUACAAGCCCCCAGAUGAUAAGAUGGCUCAUGAGACCAGCUACAGUGCCCAGUUCAAAGGGGAGGCCAAUAAGCCAACAGCAGCUGACAAUAAGGUCAUUGAUCGCAGAAGAAUACGCAGCCUCUAUAGCGAACCGUUCAAGGAACCUCCAAAGGUGGAGAAACCUAGUGUUCAGAGUUCCAAACCAAAAAAGACCUCAGUGAGCCAUAAGGCCCCUAGGAAGGCCAAAGACAAGCAGGCAGCGUCAGGCCAGGCUGCCAAGAAAAAGAGUGCAGAGGGGCCCAGCACCGCCAAGCCCGACGACAAGGAGCAAAGUAAAGAGAUGAACAAUAAACUGGCUGAGGCUAAAGAGAGCCUGGUCCAACCUGCCCGUGAUUCACAUAAGAAUGGAGGUCCUGUAGCCACAGAGCCGGACAAGGAUCAAGGUCCUGUGGUCCCAGGGCUUCUGAAAGGUCAAGGUCUUGUGGUCCAAGAGCCUCCGAAGGAUCAAGGUCCUGUGGUCCCAGGGCCUCCGAAGGAUCAAGGUCCUGUAGUCCCAGGACCUCCAAAGGAUCAAGAUCAUGUAGUACCAGAACCGCCAAAGGAUCAAGGUCCCGUGGUCCCAGGGCCUCCGAAGGACCAAGGUCCCGUGGUCCCAGGGCCUCCGAAGGACCAAGGUCCCGUGGUCCCAGGGCCUCCGAAGGACCAAGGUCCCGUGGUCCCAGGGCCUCCGAAGGACCAAGGUCCCGUGGUCCCAGGGCCUCCGAAGGACCAAGGUCCCGUGGUCCCAGGGCCUCCGAAGGACCAAGGUCCCGUGGUCCCAGGGCCUCCGAAGGAUCAAGGUCCCGUGGUCCCAGGGCCUCCGAAGGACCAAGGUCCCGUGGUCCCAGGGCCUCCGAAGGAUCAAGGUCCUGUGGUCCCAGGGCCUCCGAAGGAUCAUGGUCCUGUGGUCCCAGGGCCUCUGAAGGGUCAAAGUCCUGUGGUCCCAGAGCCUCCAAAGCAUCAAGGUCCCAUGGUCCUGGCCCCUGUUAAGGAUCAAGGAUCCAUGGUCUCAGGAUCUGUUAAGGAUCAAGGUCCCGUGGUCUCUGAGCCUGUAAAGAAUCAAGGGUUAGUGGUCCCAGAGCAUCUGAAGGUUCAUGAUUCUGAGGUUGUAGCAUCUGUGAAGAAUCAAGGUCCUGUGGUCCCUGAGUCUGUGAAAAAUCAAGGCUCUAUUGUCCCAGCACUAGUCAAGGAUCAAGGUUCCACGGUUCCAGAGUCUCCAAAGAAUCAAGGUCCUGUCGUCCCUGACCCUGUGAAGAAUCAAGUUCCUAUAAUCCCAGUGCCUCCGAAGGAUCAAGAUUCUCUGGUGCCAGUACCAGCAAAGGACCAAGGUCCUGUGGUCCCUGAACCUCUGAAAACUCAGUGUCCCAGAGGCCCUCAGCUGCUCACUGUCUCACCGCCAGUCAUGAUCCCAACUGUCCCCCAUGUGGAAUAUGUUGAAGGUUCCCCUUGAUGCUCACCCCUUGACAUGCCAAUGAAGGAGCUAGUAGUGAAAGUGCUCCCCUCCCAGGGGCAGUGAAGACACAUAUUUAAUCUGCAUGAAACUUGUACCGUAUAGUGUUGCUGGAAUCUAAUAAAACUGGUCCCUCUGGCUCA